GAACCAGUCACCCGUAGAAGCAGAGAAGCGCGCGAAAAAAGUAGUGAAGAAAUGGGCAGGGCCCUUGAAAAUACCAGAGUUGAGAUUGAAGUCUCGUGUCAAUGAGCUUUUCGAAAAAUAUGAAGCGACGCAAGCCGCAGGAAUUGGGGGAAACGUAGUUACUUACUAUUGUUUUUUAUAGGCUAAAUAAAACGUACGCAGUCGCAACAGCAGGAAAUGGGGGCAGCAUAUUUAUUCUAUCUAUACAGUUUAAGGCACAUCAAUCAAUCAAUCAAUCAAUCAAUCAAUCAAUCAAUCAAUGAGUCAACCACUUCCUCAUCAGACUGGUAGAACCUCCCUUACAAGAAGCUACACUCCGCUCCUCCACUCUCCACUCCGCUUCUCCACACUAGCAGAAAGACUAGUGCUUUGGCUCUAAUGAUCUAUUUUUUUGUUUGAAGAGAUGUAAAGAUCUUGGUCUUCUUCGGUUCAAAACACUACUGCUCAUACUGAAAAUAACCGAGUUACUGACUGAAAUAAGGGAGGUAGCUUUGACAGGGCUACUCUUCCUUGUUCAGUAUCUCGAUUAUUUUCAGUAGUUACUCGCUUAUUUCAGUUUUUCGACUACUCCAAUGUACUUACUACAGAUUGGCACCGCUUGUGUCUUACUAUUGGGGUUUAUCUGCUUCUGCCAUAUCAUGUGUUGCUCGUGCGGGAAAAAGCCAUUUCGAAACUCAGCUGGGAGUGUCAACCUUAUCGGCAUGCUGUGCCUAUGCUGUAUCAUCGUCAUCGGCUUGCGUGCGUCUUAUUAUGGUGACUAUAGUUUGUUGUUCAUGACAGUGGUAUGUUGGACCCGGUUGGACUUACUAGAGUAAUUUUUCUCUAAAACAUACAAUUUCCUUAUCCGCCUUACGUAGACAUGAUAUGAAGACUCAUCUAAUGGUACAACUUUCAGUCAAGAAGUUCUGUCGCCGGGAUUGAAGAUGUUUCCUGCAUAGCUACAACAGUGUCACUUCUACAUGUAUGGUUUUUCGAUAUCAAGGAAAAUUCCGCAUAAAAUGGAUCUCUGUUUCUCCUCUAAUUUCCCUCCGGCAAGGUCGUUACCUUAUGGGAGCCUUGGGACGCAUUACUUGUGAAGCAAAAAAAGCUUGUCAAGAACUUCGAUCCGAUGACUAAGUCAGUUUUGGGAAAUGAUGGGAAGGAACUUUCCGAGUCCGAAGCCUUGGGCGCAAUCAAAGGCAUACUCACCAGCGGAAUACAGCGGCUAGCUUAUCUGGUAAGUCUAAGUUGAUUUUUUUAGAGAUAUCUGUUUUCUUUGUUUCUACAGUAGUAAUACAUAGUGUAGUACGACAACUGAGGUUUUCUUUGUUUUUCCAGAGUGUGGGCUCUCUGAUGCAUGACUAUCCAUUUGAGGUGCCAUAAUGAAUGAUAUUGGUGUAAUAUUCCUGGUUCUUUUACAGCCUAAGUAUUUGUACUUGUCCUUCAUACAUCCGCUUCAAUUCUCACCUACGGAAAUUUUGGAACUUUUUUUUCUUUCGAACGCUGACCGCUUUUCGACCUGGUCUGUUUUCACCAACCCAAUCAGAGCUCGCAAGAAGAUUAAGGCCACAACUGCUGGGUUGAUUUCUCUACUACGUUGUAGGGUUAGGUUGUCUUCGCAGUGGAUUUAUUUGAGUGCAGUUUUAUAGUACCCUAUAAUAUCUAGUAGAAGUAGCGCGACUCUUCCUAGUACUACUGGGACGGAGUGCUUAUCUACUUAACCCGGAGGUUUCUCAUCUGUUUUCAUCUCUCUAAUCAAAGAUGGUAACCGACGAAGGAGGUAAGCGUCAUGGGCCAGCCGAGUAUUCCCUACUUCACAUCGAAAAAGCAGUAAAGGAAGAUGGGUGGGCUGAGAAGCUGGAAGGCGCUAUCCUACACCUGAUUAAGUCUCGAUACACAUGGUCACUUUCUUCGACAGUCAUUUACUUUCUUCAGUUUUCUUUGUGGUCUUGGGACUGUUGUGAAGAAAUUUCCUCAGGGAAGAAGUAGACUCCUUUGAGCUCUAAUUUGGCAGACCUGGAUGACAACGAGGCAAAGGCAUUAAACGUGGUCACCGAGCUCGCUUUUAAGGCCAUAUCGUUCAAGUGAAGCUUUCUAUACCUUCUUUUUCUAUUGGACACUUGGCGAUGAAGUAGGACAUCAACGACAAGUAGUACCUUUAUAAUAAUUAACAGUACUACCUAGAUGCCAAAACGGCUCUAACCCUCCUACUAGUGCAGGCUACCUUUAAUUAACUAACAGUACUACCUAGAUGCCAAAACAGCUCUAACACUCCUACUACUGGUGUUUCAGGCAUCACGAAGUUGGACGAUGCGGAUAUGGAGGACGCUAAAGAGAAGCUGGAACAAGGAAAAAUGACAGAACUGAGGAAAAUGCUGGCUGAGAAAACAGGGGAUGAGAUUAUGGCCAUUAUUUUUAAAACAUCAAAGCACUAAAUAAAACAAGGAAGUAGAGUAGUCUAGUCUUUUAAACCCCUGGAGUGGGUACAUACAUACAUACAUACAACCGGUUAUAGUUUUUUCUCUAGAGAUCUAAUAGACCUUUCAACAAUAGACAUCAAUUUCAAUCAAUAAAUGUUAGGUGGACGAGUGUAGUACUAGUACCUAUAAGUAGUAAUGAAAAAGCAUACGAGGACGACCCUUAUACAUAUAGUUCUUGUUAUAGAAGUUUACAACAACGACUGUUAGUGUUACUUCUAGCACUAUUGCACCCUUUAUUCCUUUCUAGAGUGUAGUACGCAAGGUCAAUAGGAACCGAUUUUGAUUUUCAGGAUUCCGAUUUCGAUUUUCAGGAUUCUACGGACAACUUCUUACACUAUAUAUAGCUAGUUGUUUGCAUCUAUGGCCGCUGUAAAGGGUAAUCAUGAUGACAUUGAAGCUCACUCUAACCAUGUACCUGACGAGGAAAUCCUGAGAAAGAUGGCGGAGAAGAAUGGUUUUGAUCUAGCUGGACAUCAAACUCCAUCAAAGACACCGCAAGCUGGUAAAGACCUUAUUACAUCUGCGACUAACAACAACGAUGGCACCGCAGCACCAGCGUUACUAGCUAGUGCCAACAAGAACGAUGCCAAUGCUGCCGCAGCGGCGCUGGCAGCUAAUGAUGAUGGUGCCAACGCGAGUGAGUCUGUUCCUGCGAGUGAGUCUGUUCCUCAGCCAGAGAAAAGAUUUUACGACUUAUAUUCCCGUCGGUCUUGAAGUUGUUGUCUAAAAUCUCUACCAAAAGGCAUCAGCUAGAAGUACUUCAAGAAACUAGUGAAUUUUUUUUAUUUAAACCUAUAAUCGCUUAAUGCUGUGUUUUAUAUUCCCAUGCUCUAAAAAAGAUUGAGCACUAUUCCAGAGGAAGGGGAGGAAAACGAGUCAGGCAUGUCUGUUCCAAAUACACCGUCGUUCUUGAAUAUACGGGAACAUCCUCUAUCGCUCAAGAAUGACGGAGACCAAGAGCUCCUAGAAUCCUUCUUACAGGCCUCGAAUGCAGAGUCCACGAGUGCAGGGUCCACGAAUGCAGUGGAAAAACCAGAUAAAGACGCUAUCAGGGACUACAUUUAAGAAGCUAAAAGUCUGGCUUUCUUCUGCCUAGCCUUAAUAGUUUGCAUGAGAAAUAAAUGUUUCUUAUGAAAAAUUGUACUUCUACAGUGAAUGUCUCCUUCCUCCAUUUGAGUAACCUUUCUACUGAUGUAGAUAUAUUUAUAUGGUACAACUCAAUCACACUUGGUUUAUACCUACAACUGACUCUGUAUGUCGGAUUUACAUCCACAGUGGCGCACCUUCAGUAUCAGUUGUUUUAUACCUACAACUGACUACUCUCUCUAACCUUGGUUUGCAUCCCCAGCAAAGCGAUCGGAGGGAAAGUUCGCGAACCAGGUCUCACUCCUUCUCGCUCAAUCGGAAAAGAAAAAUAGAAAAGGCAUCGACGCGUUCACAACAUCACGUACUCCGAAGUCUGAAUGACUCUUUAGUCGCAAUUACUCUUUUGCAAGUGCAACUCUAAAUGUCGAUGACCACUUUUUUGCUGGAAGGUCGUUUAGUUAUAAAUACAGAACUUCUGUGUAUGAUGUGAUAUCGCUUCUUAGGUAUAAUUCAAGCAGUCGGAGAAUCAUCUUGUUGAAUCCUCAUUUUUUACGUAUACAAAAUAUAUUUCGAAAAAAAUACACCAGUGCACAAGUUUUUAACGGGUGGUGCGUAUCAUGCGAUGAUAUCUGCUAGCGGCGAACUGCGUGAGGCGUUACAUUUGGAGGAGGCAGCUGGCCGAAUCCUAUACUUGGAAAUGCCGCUCAUUGCGGUCAUGGUUCUCAUUAAGGCAGGACAACUUCUGGUUCUUAAUCUUGUCGUGUGCUUUGUUCUGAGGACUACGUCGCUAAUAUUUUGUAUGUAUAUUUUGGGGAUGAACUUCUUUCGGAACAUGAGUAGGUAGACUAUUCGGUGGUAGUUGGUGCUUGAUAAUGUAUUUCCAAGAUGCAAUAGACUGGGCACGAUCCUUGACCUUCAUUUCAUCCAACUCACUCUAAUGUGACUAUUGUGCUUACACUGGCAGGCGUCGGACUGGCCUGCAUGGACAACGAUCCUCAUGGUAAAUUUAAGAGCACUUCUAUACAUAGAUACUUCGCUGAGGUCUCUUGGAGACUAAGGAGGUUACACAUUCAUAGAGACUUCUUCACUGAGAGAUUCUACUUCUAGAGACUAAGGACGAGGAUGUAUCACUUGAAGCAGAUGUAUGUCUUGUAUUUUCCUCACUUCUCAAGGAUGGACGCAAGUCACAGCUCAGAAAUAUAAGUACGUGAAUUAUCAGGAGUAAAUCCCAUUCAGCAAAGUGGUCAGAGCACAACUGCUUGUGCGUCUUUCUUCUACUGACCUUUUUCUUUCGCAAGACCGCAGGAAUAUAGAAGUACUUACUGAAAGACCACUGCUUAUAUAUAGUUCUAAGAUUUUAGGAUCUGCAGACACGACGGUUCUGAUGGACAGAACGGGACAUCGAGAAUCAGGAACCUCUUCUGCGACCACAAUAUCAGGGUCAGCAGUAUCUACAUCUUUAUGUUGAAGAAUGAAUUGACUUCAACUUCAUCACAAAUGCACUGACAAGGAAAACAAGAAUUCGAUUGCUAGCAACAUGAUAUGCAAGCAGGAAUAAAAUGACUGCAAGAAAAAUUGUAAUUGAAAUAAGUACUCUAGUAUACUCACGUUAAGGUCCUCCCCGUCUAAAAAGAGCAGGUGAACAUGCACCACCAUCUGCGAUAGAAACUACAGCGGGAAAGAGUGGUGCAGUGGUGGAGGGACGUCGGGCGAGUGCUGCCUCUGCAGCAACGUCAGACGGUAGGCCUUCCGCAGCAGAGGCAUCUCGAGCGAGCGCAACAGGAACAGCAGCUGCCGGAGGAUCUUCCGCAGGAGAAGGAGAGCAUAGCAGUUUAGCACAUGAAGUCGUCCCCGCAUUGGAAUUACGACUUAUUUCAUCACUUAAUGAUUGUCCAUCUACUUUGAAUGCAUAAUUCGCUACCUGAGAUAACGUAUGACUGAGUACUGAAUGAACUUGCUUCCUGAUAUUUGAUAAAUACUUACAGGGAAGUACACUCUUUCAACCUUUCUUCAACCUUCGUCCUGAUGUUUCUUUGGAUCAUAAAUACUAGAAGAUCUAACAUUAGAAGCUGGUGGGAGUCGCGGCAGUGGAGCGAGCCAGCAAAAUGCUAGUACAGAUGGGCUUCAAGACCCAGGAGAGGCAAGCGAUGCAUCCCAAGUUAAGCAUGAAUACAAGAAUAUCGUUGACAUUUAUUUGUACAAGUCAAGUUCUUAAUCUUAAUCGAAGAUCAAGUUUUUCCUCGUCUUAGAUUACUCCCUUCACUUGAUUUCUACAAGUCAUUUCUCACUGGUUCCAUCGUAGGACUCGGAGAAAUCAAUGCAGGAAGAGGAAAGAAAUGCAAUGUUUAUGUCAGCUCUAACCAAGGGGCCGCAAGCGAUCGAUCACAAGGAGGUAGCACCAAGCCUAAAAAGAAAAAGGCAGCUGGAAAGCGGAAAGCUAAAAAGUAAAAGAGCUAAAAAGUAAAAGGCGCAAAUGUAGAAAAUGUAGAAUCACGAAUUGACUCGAUGUCGCGAUAUUAUAGCCGUACCUAUGUAACUACACGUAGGUAAUGCACAAAGCUUUACACGAAUCGCGUAAAGCUGUUUUCACGAUUGGAUCUCUGACCAGGACCAAGCAACAUAAUAAAUCUAAACUGUAAAAAGGACUGCAUAGAAUUUCAGUUUUCAAAGAAUAGAUACAACGUCGCCAUGAUGAUUAUGAUCAAACAAUUAUCCUAGAUGAAAACAAACACAUACCGAUUCAUGAAAAAAAACACUAUCCUAGAUGAAAACAAACACAUACAUUUUGGACCGAAGUAUCCUUGUUGCAUAAUUUGAACCAUCUGCACAAGACUGGAGUAGAUGGUAGUGAAAAACUAGCGUGAGUGUACCUAUUUUUCAGGAUGUCAUUUCAUUGUUCCCGCCCUCGAGCUCUUUGUAUCAUAAGAUUGUAAGUAUAUUAGAAGAUAGGAAAAUCCAUGAGCUUAGUUGCCCUGUUCAUCGAUGCUUCCUAUCUAGGUAGUAUACCCAAAAAAAGUAUCCGUAUUAAUUUACUACGAGCCCUCACGAUCUAGUACUACUUGAAUCAAUUUUCGUGUCCUACGCCUAUUUAUCUUCGAAAGAAAACUCAGUUACUCUGUCCGCAACUGGUCUCCAAUCAGUCUAAGACGUUACGUUUCUCUGAGAAUACUACGAUUCUACGUUGUGAAGAUGAAAUUGCAAUGCAAGAACCUGAG